GCCAGCCAAGGUACUCGCCGCUCUGGCGGAGCUAUACCCCCGACGCGGUGCCCCGCUACCAGCAGUCGCGAUUAACUGACUACACACUUGGUUAAACCACAACUACGUCAGGCCAUCACCAUUGCCGCCUACCUCAUCAUCCACUUCAAUUUCCCCUCCCGGACUUUGCACUCUACUCGCAGCGCUUUUCGACGCGAUACGGAUUUGUGGAGUUAAUCCAAAUCCUAAUACGGUCGGGCGAACUUUCCAUGUGGCCCGCCGAGUCUGGCCGUUGAGCCGAAUCCCCCCUUGCUACCACAUCACGUCCACACCAUGGCCUCCGACUCGAUAAAGGCCGCAUUAGAGCAGGCGUCUCAGAGCAAUGAUGCAGCUGCCGCUUUGGAGAAGCUGCUUGUUGACUUCAAAUCACUCUCGUCCCCCGCCACCGCUACUGCAGACCUCAAGCGGGUGAUUGACGCCGUCCUUAACGCCCAGCUGGGAGUCGUGAGCACCCUCCCCAUCCUGUCGGCGUUUGUCAAUGCGGUCCGACAGCUCGAGAAUGACGACCUGUGGAUCGAGGUCGGCAACUAUGCUCUGCAGCGUAUUGGAGAAAACACACAGACCGCGUCGAGCUUCCUGGAGCAGUCCAAUGCACUCCGGGAGCUCAUCGCCACCGCCCACGAGCACAACGAGGACUGGACCGACGCCGCCAAGACCCUCGCCGAGAUCCCGCUAGAUAGCAGUCAGCGUCGCGCCACAGAAGAAGAGAUGGUCCGCGUGUGGAUUCGCAUUGUGCGCAACUACCUCGAGGCCGAUGACAGCACCACCGCCGGCUCGUACCUGAACAAGGUCAAGAACGUCAUAUUCAAGGUCCAGGACCGCGAUCUCAACCUACACUUCCGUCUCUCUCAGGCCCGUAUCAACGACUCUCAGCGCGAGUUCCUGGCCGCCAGCCACGCAUACCAUGAGAUCAGCCUCAGCCCCCAAAUCGCCGAGGAGGAGCGCCUGCACACCCUGAGCAUGGCCAUCAAGUGCGCCGUCCUGGCGCCGGCAGGCCCGCUUCGCAGCCGUGCCCUCGGUCGCCUGUACAGGGAUGAGCGCUCCGCCGGGCAGGAGGAGUACGGCAUACUGGAAAAGAUGUUCCUCGACCGGCUGCUCUCCCCCGGCGAGGUCGACAAGUUUGCGCAAGGCCUCUCGCCCCACCAGCUCGCGACGACGGCCGACGGCUCGACGGUGCUCGCCAAGGCCGUCGUCGAGCACAACCUGCUGGGCGCAAGCAGACUCUAUGAUAACAUUGGCUUUGACGAGCUUGGUGAGCUCUUGGGACUGGAUGGCGCCAAGGCCGAGGAGACCACUGCGCGCAUGAUCGAGCAAGGACGCUUGGUUGGCCGCAUCGACCAGGUCGACAGGGUCAUCUGGUUUGAGAGUGGCGAGGCGUCCGGUGUUAAGGGUAGCGGACGUGCCAAGGUCGUGGUGGGCAAGGAGAUACGGCGUUGGGACGCCAAUGUCCAGGACCUUGCUGAGGAGGUCGAGCACGUCACGAGUCUCCUGCAGAAGGAGUACCCUGAUUUUGUUGCGGCCAACUUGGUAGUCUGAGAUAUGCAUGCGACACAAGUAGCUCGGCGUUUUUAGAGUUAUCACUUUAGAAGGGCAUGACUGAUUUCACUUCUCAAAAGAUCUACGCUGGGUCCUAUGACGAGAUUGAUUAAAACGUAUGCUUGUUUUGGUAUCCAAAAAGAAAAAGAAAUCUGUUAAAAAGAAGCGCCUCUCACGCCGACAACCCCGGGCCCAUACUGUUUAUCCUGCGCCGAAUUCCUGUUGCUCCAAAGCCCCAACGCUCUAUCCGAUAAAUUUUUAAUCAAGAUCCGCCCCCCUCACAACAACAUAACCCUGUCGUAACUUGGAAGAGUCGCCUAUCUCCUCCUCAAAAACUGUGCCGUCGCCCUUGAAAGCCUUGACUCCAGGUCUUGGUCGGCUCGACGUUAAGGGGCGAUUCUUCACCUCCAUCUCCUCCUCGCACAAAAUAUCCACCAGCCGCGCGGCGAUCAUCUUACCCAUGAGGUUGUAGCCGUCCGCCGUGAGGUGGAUGUGGUCGUCCCAAUACUUGUCUCGCUCCUCCUGUGAUAAGGACCAGUACGGGACGGCUGCGUGGUGGUCGUGGACGUAGCUGCUCUCAGGGGUCUUAGCAGUUUUCGUUUAUUUUUUUGUUGAAGGGGGGGGGGGGGGGGGGGGGGGUGAACUAAUAACAGAAAC